AUGCAGGUGGGCAAUACCCAUCUCAGUGGGUAAUACCGUUGCCCGGGGAAUACCCAUUCAGAUGGGUAUUACCCGCCAAAAACGUCGCUCAGUGCCACACCACCACUAUCGACCACAACAACAGCUAAUAAUGCAAACACUCCCUGACCCAAUGCUACAGACCCUUGUUCCCAAACCCCUUCGGCAUCGUCCCCUACGCCGACGUAUACUUCCUCAUCUGGGGAUUCCUCAAAACCGACCUUGUCCCGACCAAGUUAGCCCGGGCCCAGCGUGACGCGAGAACGCCAUCGAACGUGGAUAGUCUUUUCGGCCUUUGCUGCAAGAUUUUGACGCGGACAGCUCAAGCGCGCUGGUCUCGGCCUAACGGGGCCCGCUCGCGCUCCACUCUUCGAACACGCAUUCUUUGGACCCUGUGCCAGCACGCACUCUUCUCGGCCCCCUUGGGCCUCCCGCCUUGCUCACCCGCUGGCGCGCGCGGGCCCUUCCUCUCCCUCUCCCUCGUCGUCCCGCACGCCUUAGCGUUUCGUGUUGUGGUUCCGGCACCCCCCCUGCCAGUCUCUACUCACUCAAAGUGGGUAACAUCCCUCGUAAGCCCUCUGCCCUUGUUGGACAGUUGGACUGAUGAGCUAGCCUGCCACUACGUUGUAAGCAGCCGCCGUACCCGCUGCUUUGCAAGGUCGUAUCGCACCCACUGCUUAGAGCAAGGGCGAACUUUUCGAGACUCGCACUAUCGCGGCUCGCUGUUUCUAGCUAA